AUGGCGGCGACUCCCGGGAGGUGCCUGCGCGGUCCCGGGCGAGACCCCCGCGGGCGCGGCCCAAAGGCGGCUGCAGUGCUGUGGUGGCGCCUCCGGGUGUCGCUGUUGGCCGCCGCCGAGCGGCGCUGGAGCCGCAGCCGCCGCCGCCGCAGCGUCCUGCCCCCGCAGGCUGCUCGCUCGCCCGGCCAGUGGCGGCCAGAGCGGCAGCGGCACGGGCAGCAGAGGCGAGAGGCGGCCAGAGCGGGCAGCGGCGGCGUCCGAGGAGGUGGCGGCGGCGGCGGCGGCCCCUGCGCUCGCUGCUUGGAGCGGCUGCAAGGCAGGCAGGGCAGCGACAGGAGCCGUCCGAGCGCCGAGAGCCGGCGCUGGCGACAAUGGCGGAGGCGCGGGCCGGCCGGCGGGCGAGCGCUGCUGCUGCCCGCUGUGCUGCUGUGCCUGUGCUGCCGGGCGGCGCCGGAGCGGCUCCGCUACGCCAUCGCCGAGGAGCUGCCCACAGGCUCGCUCGUGGGGCCGCUGGCACGGGACCUGGGGCUCAGCCCGGACGAGCUGCCGGCGCGCAAGCUGCGGGUGUCGUCUGCCGGCAAAAGGCAGCUGAAAUACUUCACCGUGAACGAGAAGAACGGGAACCUGUACGUGAAUGAGAGGCUGGACCGGGAGGAGCUGUGCGGCGAGUCGGCGUCCUGCUCUGUCAACUUCGAGGCGCUGGUGCACAACCCGCUCAACGUCUUCCAUGUCGAGGUGGCCAUCCAGGACGUGAACGACAAUGACCCACGCUUCCUGCAAGACAGUUUCCAUCUGGAGAUCAACGAGCUGACUUCUCCCGGCGCCCGAUUUGCCGUGGGCAUGGCCGAGGACGCAGACGUGGGCAGCAACUCGCUGCAGGGCUACGAGCUGGAGACGAACGCGUACUUUGCAGUGGAGGUGAAGGAGAGCCAGGAAGGAAGCAAAUUCGCAGAGCUGGUGCUGCGCCGUGCCCUGGACAGAGAAAGCGAGAGUAGUCUGAGGUUGGUGCUGACUGCUCUGGAUGGUGGAGACCCGCCCCGGAGCGGCACCGCCCAGCUCUGGAUCAACGUCACCGACGCGAACGACAACCCACCCGUGUUCGCGCAGGGCCAGUACCACACCAGCCUGCGCGAGGACACGCCUCCGGGCUCGACGGUUCUGAACAUCUCCGCCUCCGAUGCUGACGCCGGAACCAACGCCCACAUCACCUACGGCUUCGGGAAAAUGCCGGGCAAAGUGCUUCAGAAGUUCGUAAUGGAUGCGAAGAUGGGGACAAUCACUUUGAAGGAGGGGCUGGACUUCGAGGACACACGAGGCUACGCUCUGUUGGUGGAGGCAAGGGACGGGGGCGGUUUAGUGGCGCACUGUAAGGUGGAGGUGGAGGUGCUGGACGUGAACGACAACGCGCCUGAGAUCGAGAUCCUGUCGCUGUCAAGCCCGGUGCCCGAGGACGCGCCAGCCGGCACCGUGGUGGCUCUGCUGAAAAUUCGGGAUCGGGACUCGGGCGAGAACGGUGAGGUGUCGUGCGAGUUGUCGGGAGAGGCGCCGCUGUCGAUCGUGGCGUCGUCGGGCGGCUCGUACAAGGUGGUGACGGCGAGCGCGCUGGACCGCGAGCAGGCGUCCGAGCACCGCGUGACGGUGGUGGCCCGGGACCGGGGCAGGCCGGCGCUGUGGAGCGAGGCGGAGCUGGUGCUGGAGGUGUCGGACGUGAACGACAACAGCGGCGAGGUGCGCACGGCGCGGGCCGUGUCGGAGCGGGACGCGGCCAAGCAGCGGCUGGUGGCCGUGGUGAAGGACCACGGGCAGCCGGCGCUGUCGGCCACGGCCACGCUGCACGUGGUGCUGGCCGACAGCUUGCAGGAGGCGCUGCCGGAGCUGAGCGACAGAGACGAUGUGUCCCAGCUCACAUCUGAUCUAAAUCUCAUUCUUGUUCUGCCGGCUCCAGCCCCGCUGUCCUCGGGCCAGGGUCGCCGCUGUCCCUCCGGCGAGGCUCGGCGGCGGCGGCGGCCCCGCGGCGGGGCUUUGGAGCCCUGCGCUCUGUGCAGUUAUUGGACGGGACUCUGUGUGCCGCUGUCGGCCAAUGAUGGAGCGGGGGGGAACUGGCGGCCCGGCCCCGCUCGGAGCCGGGAUGAGGCGCAGACGGUCUCAGAGAGACUCUGGGAGUGA